AUGGCCAAUGGCGUUGAGGACCUCAUCGGGAUCCCCUUCCCAAACCACAGCAGCGAAGUCCUCUGUGGGCUCAACGAGCAGCGGAAUGAUGGCCGCCUCUGCGACGUGAUUCUCCUGGUCCAAGAUCAGGAAUACCGAACCCACAAAUCUGUGCUGGCUGCUUGUAGCCAGUAUUUUAAGAAACUCUUCACGACCGGCACUUUAGCGGACCAGCCCUACAUAUACGAGAUCGACUUCGUCAAGCCCGAAGCGCUUUCGGCCAUCCUUGAGUUUGCCUACACCUCAACGCUGACCAUUACCGCGGCGAACAUCAAGCACAUCCUCAACGCAGCCAAGAUGCUGGAGAUCCAGUGUGUGAUCAAUGUCUGCCUCGAAAUAAUAGAGCCUGGGGAAGCGGUGGGAGGCGAGAAGGAGGAGGAGGAAGAAGAGGAAGAGGAGGAGGAAGAGGAGGAAGAGGAGGAGGAGGAAGAAGCAGGUGACUUCACCAAUCGGAAUCUACCGGAUACUCAAGAUCUCAGUUGUCAUCAAAGUCCUUCUAAGCCAGACCUUCCUGAGGAGCCCUUCCAAGAGACCACGGAUGUCUUCUCCACUCGUUUUCCAUCUGGCAGCUCCAAUGGCUCACUUGGUGUCAUCCGAGACUUCUCCAUUGAAUCCCUCUUAAGGGAGAACCUGUAUCCUAAAGUCACCCUUCCAGAACGCAGGCCAGUCCUGUCUCCCUUUAUGCCCGAGCUCUUCCCCCAUUUAUGGAACGGAGACUUCGCCCCCUUUGCCCCAGUAGAAGAGCAGCAGGUGGACAACACCCCCUUGGACCUGGUGAUCAAGAAGCAAAAGAUCAAGGAAGAGGAGAAAGAGGAGCCACUGCCCACCCCCUUCCCCAACAACCUCUUCAAGGACGUGUUUGCCAACACUGCCGCAGCCCCCUUUGGGCACAUCAAGGCUGAGAACGAUUACAGCGCCUACCUGAACUUCCUGAGCAACGCCCACUUUGGCCGAGUCUUUCCCCGCUGGCCAGAAGAAAGGAAGAUGAAACCCAAAGCUUCCCAGCAGUGCCCCAUUUGCAACAAAAUCAUCAUGGGGGCUGGGAAGCUCCCGCGGCACAUGAGGACCCACACGGGGGAGAAGCCGUAUAUGUGCAACAUCUGUGAAGUCCGGUUCACCAGGCAAGACAAGCUGAAGAUCCACAUGCGGAAGCACACGGGGGAAAGGCCGUACCUCUGCAUCCACUGCAGCGCCCGCUUCGUCCACAACUACGACCUGAAGAACCACAUGAGGAUCCACACCGGCAUCCGUCCCUACCAGUGCAAGUUCUGCUACAAGAGCUUCACCCGCUCGGAUCACCUGCACCGGCACAUCAAGCGCCAGAGCUGCCGGAUCUCCCGACCCCGAAGAGGGCGCAAGUCGGCUCCCUGGAGAACGGCCAGCCUGCUUUUCAACCCCACCGGGCAACCGGAUGACAAGAGCUUCCUGGUGCCCCCAGCUUUGGAAGGCAUGAGCGGCCACUUCGGCAGCCCCGGGCUGUGCCUUCCGGGCCCCAGCCCCUUCAUGGAAGCGGCCAAGAAUGGCUUGAACCUGCAGGAGUUGGAGAACCAGUUGGAAGAAACCCAGAUGAAGCUGUUUGGGAGGACACACCUGGACCUGGAACGGAACGGAGGCCUCUUUGCCUUCGCCCUGAGCCACGGCGAGGGCCUUUCGGCACGGCCGUAUUUCUCUCUCCCGGAUCCUUGGGGCUCGGGGUUCAAUGGACUAGCUGCCCUCAACCCUCUGGCCUCGCUCUCUGAAGCUAGCAACUGA